AUGAGAUCUUUUGUUUUCUGCCGCUCUGUCACUGCGUUUCUGCUGCCCCUCCCUCUAGCUGGGUUUGUCAAGUCGCCCAUGUCAGAAACUAGACUCACGGGGGACGCCUUUGAACUGUACUGUGAUGUGGUUGGGAACCCCACUCCAGAGAUCCAGUGGUGGUAUGCUGAAGUCAACCGGGCUGAGUCUUUCAAACAGCUGUGGGAUGGCGCUCGGAAGCGCCGUGUCACCAUUAACACUGCCUACGGGGCGAAUGGGGUGAGUGUGCUGAGAAUAACCCGCCUUACCUUGGAAGACUCUGGGACUUACGAGUGCAGGGCCAGCAACGAUCCCAGGAGGAAUGACUUGAGGCAAAAUCCCUCCAUAACGUGGAUUCGAGCCCAGGCUACUAUAAGCGUCCUUCAGAAGCCCAGGAUCAAUGCCAGCGAGGAUGUAGUCAUCCAUGUGUAUGGCCCGCCCGUCACACUGCAGUGUAACCUCACCACCAGUCCCAGCCCCCUUUCUGCCAGCUACUGGGUGAAGAACGGAGAGGAGAUCCCUGGCACUAGAAAAUCUACAAACACUACAGAGUACAAGAUUUUGAAGCCCAGAGCAGAAGAGUCAGGGGAAUACUUGUGCGUGUUUGUGUUUUCAAACUCUCCUAUAGCCAACGCCACUAUAGAAGUGAAAGCUACUCCUGACAUCACUGGCCACAAGCGGAGUGAAAAUAAAAAUGAGGGGCAGGAAGCACUCAUGUACUGCAAGUCUGUGGGCUUUCCCCACCCCGAGUGGGUGUGGCGCAAGAAGGUCAAUGGAGUGUUUGAGGACAUCAACAACUCCUCCGGCAGAUUCUUUAUUUCAAAUAAAGAGAACUACACCGAGCUCAGCAUCACAAACCUACAGAUAAAUGAGGAUCCUGGCGAGUACCAGUGCAAUGCAACCAACCAGGUCGGCUCUGUCUCGGUCACAACCAUCCUCCGUGUCCGCAGCCACUUAGCUCCCCUCUGGCCCUUUUUGGGGAUCUUGGCAGAAAUCGUGAUCCUCGUUGUCAUCAUAGUUAUUUAUGAGAAAAGGAAGCGGCCAGAUGAAGUCCCAGACGACGAUGAACCAGCUGGGCCAAUGAAAACCAAUUCUACAAACAAUCAUAAAGAUAAAAACUUACGCCAGAGAAACACAAACUAAAAAUGCUCCUCAUAGGAGAGAAUGACACUGUCCUGGUACUUAGAGAAGUAAUAUAAAUUGAAAUUAUCUUAAGGGCUUAACCUAUAUAGAGAGACUUGGGUGUCCUACAAUCAGACUUCAAAAGCUGGAAGGGUUC